UUUUUUAUCUUUUAUCUUUAUUACAACAAAUUAUUUUAUUGGCCUUUUGCCCUUUCUUCUACCUUUAUCAGUGGAUUAUUAGACAAGCACAACAGUAUGACUGAAGAUAUUAAUACUACAACCUCAGAUUACUUGGACAGAUUAUUACUUAUAUUCAUUCAUGGUUUCAAAGGAGGUGAUACUAGCUUUAAGGACUUUCCAGCUAGAAUUCAAACAAUUUUGACGAAUACAGUAAAAGCGGAUGUUAAUGCGAUUAUCUAUCCACAAUAUAAAACAGCUGGAGACCUAAAUAUAGCUGUCGAGAACUUUUCAAGUUGGCUUACAGAUCAAGUUACUGAACUACAAAAAUAUAUGGAUAAAUUGAACAGUAAAGGAAAAAUUUUGAUUGUUUUAUUAGGCCACUCAAUGGGUGGCAUCGUCUCAGCGGAAACUAUUUUGAAGUUUUAUAAGAACGAAGAGCAAUUGUCUGGUGCCAAUAUUAUCGGCAUGAUUGCUUACGAUACACCCUUUUUCUCUAUCAGUCAAAAUUUCAUAACUGAGAAGGCUCGUUACGGUGCCGAGGGUGUUAUGGGUUUUCGAAGUUUAAUCAGUACUGCUGCUGCUGCUACAGUGACGGCUACCAGCGCAACGAAGGCAGCGACAACAAAAGCAAUUACAGCUGGAGCAUCAUCUGCCAGUAAGACAGGAAAAGCCCUAUUAACUGGAAGUCCCGCGAAAAAAUGGGGUGUUAUUGCCGGAGUCGUUGGUACAGUAGCUGUAGGAGCAGCUGCUUAUAUGGCAAGAGAGAAGAUUCAAGCAACCGUGACGGAUGCGUUCGAUCAUUUAACGUUUGUAAGCCAUUUGACAGAUUUAAAGAAACUAGAUGCAAGGUAACAUUACUCGACAAAUACUUUUUCGCCACUGACAGAAUUCUUACACUAUUUUUAUCAAACGUUAGAGUGAGGAAAUUGUUAGAUAU